GGCGUUUCAGUCAGUUGCAUCAUUUCCGCUGUCUCUGUUCACCGGCGACGGCCAGCAUUCAUCAUGGUGGAAGCAGUGCCAGAGUCCAUCCACUUCCCCACUGAGGAGGAGCAAAUCCUGCAGUUUUGGCAGAAGAACGACUGUUUCCAGGAGUGUCUGAAGCAGUCAAAGAGCCGGCCCAGGUUCACGUUCUACGACGGGCCGCCCUUCGCCACAGGUCUGCCUCACUAUGGUCAUAUUCUGGCAGGAACCAUCAAGGACAUCGUGACGCGAUUCGCUCAUCAAAACGGCUUCCACGUGGAGCGCCGCUUCGGCUGGGACUGCCACGGCCUGCCGGUGGAGUAUGAGAUCGAUAAAUCUCUGAACAUCAAAGGACCCGAGGAUGUGAUGAAGAUGGGCAUCGAGGAGUACAACAAACAGUGCCGGAGCAUCGUCAUGAGAUAUGCUGAUGAGUGGGAGAACUCUGUGAGGCGGAUGGGGCGCUGGAUUGACUUCAGGAACGACUAUAAGACUCUCUACCCCUGGUUCAUGGAGACUGUGUGGUGGGUAUUUAAGCAGCUGUAUGACAGUGGUCUGGUGUACCGCGGGGUGAAGGUGAUGCCGUUCUCCACCGCCUGCAACACUCCGCUCUCCAACUUUGAGGCCAAUCAGAACUACAAGGAUGUGCAGGACCCGUCAGUGAUCGUCAAUUUCCCGCUGCUGGAGGAUCCGUCUGUCAGUUUGAUCGCUUGGACCACCACACCCUGGACCCUCCCCAGCAACCUGGCACUCUGCGUCAACCCAGAGCUCAUCUACGUCCGGGUCAAAGAUAACACCUCACAGAAGAUUUACAUCAUGAUGGAGGCCAGACUCAUCGCUCUCUUCAAGUCAGACUCUGAAUACACUAUUCUGGAGCGAUUUCCUGGCAAGACCCUGAAGGGCAAAAAAUACAAGCCUCUUUUCGAGUACUUCAUCAAGUGUAAGGAGACCGGUGCCUUCUCUGUGGUGAUGGAUAAUUAUGUUCGUGAUGAUGACGGUACAGGAGUCGUCCAUCAGGCCCCAUACUUUGGAGCUGAUGAUUACCGUGUCUGUAUGGAAUAUGACAUCAUCCAGAGAGACUCCGCCCCCAUCUGCCCUGUCGACCCAUCUGGCAUCUUCACUCCGGAGGUCACACACUUCGCGGGACAGUAUGUGAAGGAUGCAGACAAAAACAUCAUCAAGUGGCUGAAGGAGAACGGGCGUCUGGUGAGCUCCAGCUCCUUCAAGCACAGCUACCCGUUCUGCUGGAGGUCGGACACGCCGCUGAUCUACAAAGCAGUGCCCAGCUGGUUUAUAAGGGUGGAACACAUGGUGGAGAAACUUCUGGACAACAACAGCAAGUGCUACUGGGUGCCAGAGUUUGUGAAGGAGAAGCGUUUCGGGAACUGGCUGAGGGACGCCAGGGACUGGGCGGUGUCUCGCAACCGCUACUGGGGCACACCCAUCCCUCUAUGGGUCAGCGACGACUUCGAGGAGGUGGUGUGUGUGGGGUCCAUGGCGGAGCUGGAGGAGCUGACAGGAACUAAAGUCACUGAUCUCCACAGAGAGCGCAUUGACGGCCUCACCAUCCCCUCUCGCUGUGGGAAAGGGCAGCUCCGGCGGGUCUCUGAGGUGUUCGACUGCUGGUUCGAGAGCGGCAGUAUGCCCUACGCUCAGGUGCACUACCCGUUUGAGAACAGGCGAGAGUUCGAGGACGCUUUCCCUGCAGACUUCAUCGCUGAGGGCAUCGACCAGACCAGAGGAUGGUUCUACACGCUACUCGUGCUCUCAACGGCUCUGUUUGGUAAACCGCCAUUCAAGAACGUGAUCGUCAAUGGUCUGGUUCUGGCCAGUGAUGGGCAGAAAAUGAGCAAGCGGAAGAAGAAUUACCCCGACCCCGGACUCAUUGUGCAGAACUACGGUGCAGACGCACUUCGGCUGUAUCUGAUCAACUCUCCUGUGGUUCGAGCUGAAAACCUGCGCUUCAAAGAGGAAGGAGUUCGAGAUGUGCUGAAAGACGUCUUCCUGCCCUGGUACAACGCAUACCGGUUCCUGGUGCAGAACGUCCAGAGACUGCAGAAGGAAGAAGGCAUUGAGUUCCUGUACAACGAGAGGACGUCCAGCGUCAGCAACAACAUCAUGGAUAAAUGGAUCCAGUCUUUCACACAGUCACUCAUUCAGUUCUUCAGGGACGAGAUGGGAGCCUACAGACUCUAUACAGUGGUGCCCAAGCUUGUCAAGUUUGUGGAUAUGCUCACUAACUGGUACGUGCGGAUGAACCGCCGGCGGCUGAAGGGUGAGAGCGGGUCUGAGGACUGUGUUCGUGCUCUGGAAACCCUCUUCAGUGUCCUGUUCUCCAUGUGCAGACUGAUGGCUCCGUUCACUCCGUUUAUAACCGAGCUGAUGUACCAGAACCUGCGGCAACUGCUGGACCCGGCAGCAGUGGAGGAGAAGGAGACCGGCAGCAUACACUACCUCAUGCUGCCACAAGUCAGGGAGUCUCUGAUCGACCAGCGCAUUGAGAGUGCGGUGUCUCAGAUGCAGUCCGUCAUUGAGUUGGGUCGUGUGAUCAGAGACAGGAAGACUCUGCCCAUUAAGUAUCCGCUAAAGGAGGUGGUGGUCAUCCAUCAGGACCCAGAGGCUCUUGCUGAUAUCCAGUCCCUGCAGAACUACAUCCUGGAGGAGCUGAAUGUGCGCCAGCUCACUCUCUCCACUGAUAAGGACAGAUACGGUAUCCGUCUGCGGGCCGAACCCGAUCACAUGGUGCUGGGCAAACGGCUGAAAGGUGCCUUUAAAUCCGUGACCGCCUCCAUUAAAGAGCUGAAGAAUGAGGAGCUGGAGGAAUUCCAGAAGACAGGUUGUAUAGUGGUGGAUGGUCAUGAUCUGCAUGAGGAGGAUCUGCGUCUGAUGUACACCUUUGAUCAGUCGUCAGGAUCCGCGUCUCAGUACGAGGCUCACUCAGACGCUCAGGUGCUGGUUCUGCUGGACGUCACGCCGGAUCAGGCCAUGCUCGACGAAGGAGUGGCCCGAGAGGUCAUCAACCGCAUACAGAAACUGCGCAAGAAGGCUCACCUAGUGCCGUCAGAUGAGAUCACAGUGUUUUACCGCUGUCAGCCGGCUGGUGAAUAUCUGCAUCAGGUGAUUGAGACACACACAGACUUCAUCCUGGCCACCACUAAAGCUCCGCUCAGAGCGUACCCCGUGUGUCCCAACGCCAGCGUCAUCGUGCAGGAGAACACACAGCUGAAGGGCUCAGAUCUAGAGCUGACUAUCGUGCGAGGCUCCUCCUCCUCCUCGUCCUCCGUCUGCAGGGCUCCUCCGAGCGGCUCGGCGUGUGCGUUUGUGAACCUCAGAGUGUCACUCAAAGAUAAACAGCAGGACGGUGUGGUUCUGCUGGAGAACCCCAAAGGAGACAACAUACUGGACGUGGAGCAGCUGAAGAGGAUCUGCUGCAGUGUGUUCGGCCUCAACGGAGCUCCAGUCUCCAUAUUCAACGGCAGGACAGCACUCAGCAGCAGCACUGAUCUGCUGUCUCUGAGCGGCAGGACUCUGACUGUGAGCUCGAGUCCUGCAGACGUGAGCAGCUCCGAGUCUCUGCUGUGUCCGUAUGUGAACCUGCAGCUCGUCAACGCCAGUCCUGCAGAGUGUCAGACUGGGGACGUGGCGACGCUGCUCCUGAUGAACCCUGAGGGUAAAAACCUCCUCCAGUUCUCAGAUCUGCUGAAGGAAACCGCUAAAGUGUUCGGUCUGAGAGGAAGAAGACUGAUGCUCUACACUGAUCCACAGCUCACUGCAGAGCUGAAGGCGCCCUCUAUGAAGACUCUGAACUCGAAGACGCUCUACGUGAAGGUUCUUCCAACAACAGCGGAGGCGUAACCGUAAAAACAUCAUCACGUCUGUGUAUCCGUGUACUGUCAGUCAUGUAGAGGGGAAAACUAUUAAAUAAAUCAAACAACAGCAGCUGACCGACUCUUACAUCACAGUUUGAGCAUUCAGACACGCUUCCUGUUACUGAAACACUGCUACUGAUGCCUUUACAGAGGGUUUGACUUGCUUCUAGUCCAAAUAUCUCACAAUUCUUAAAGGGCCAUGACCCCCCCCCCCCCCCCGUCUAAGCAGGGUGUUUUCACACCUCUAGACUGAAAAGAGUCAGGAAAGUGGGAGAGUCCAACUCUGUUUAGGUGGGAGUGUCAAGUGGUGAGGGAAGUGAUCGCAUGAAAAGGGGAGUUUCAGUAUGUGCACUACAGCUGCUUUUCACAGAGGCAACACAAACACAAACGCAGGGCAGAUAGACAGUGACUACGUUUACAUGGACAUCAGUUAUUGAAUUAUUUGCAUUAAUCUGAAUAAGACAAUAAUAUGAUGAAGGUGUUUACAUGAGUUCCUGUCAUGAUCCCAUUUACAUGUUACAGCACAUAAUUCGAUUAACGCCAUCGUGUCAGCACGCUAUCCACAUUUCCUCUAGAGUUUCAUGUCAUUUUGGGUGUUUCAUUCUUAAUUUGUCGACUUUAACUGCAGUUUGGCACUUUCACUUUCAUUCAUGGAAAAUAUUCCCUCUAUAUGCCGUUGCUUUGUUUAGGAAGGCAAGGCAAGGCAAGUUUAUUUAUAUAGCACAUUUCAUAUACAGUGGCAAUUCAAAGUGCUUUACAUAAACAGGAAUAAAAGAAACAAGUAUAAGAGAAAUAAAUAUAAUAAUAAAAUAAAUAAGCAUAAAAACAGAUCAAAUGUGUUAUAAAAGAAUGAAAAAGAAGAGAAAAACAUAAUAGUGCGAUCUGUGGGAGGUAGCACAGUGCUCAUUCAGUACAGGCACAGCUACACAGAUGUGUGUUCAGGAUUGAUGUGAAUGUGCCUAAUGUUGGAGCACAUCUGAUCAUUUCUGGAAGCUGAUUCCAGCAGCAGGGGGCGCUGUUAGUAGCUGAAAGCUGAUUCACCCUGCUCUGACUGAACUCUUGGAGUUUCUAGUUUAUAUGAUCCUAAAGAUCUGAGUGAUCUGUUAGGUUUGUAUUCAGUGAGCAUAUCUGUAAUGUAUUGAGCUCCUAAGCCACUUAGUGAUUUAUAGAGCAGUAAUAAUACUUUAAAAUCUAUUCUGAAUGUAACUGGGAGCCAGUGUAAAGACCUGAGGACAGGUGUGAUGUGCUCUGAUUUCCUGGUUCUGGUCAGAAUUCUGGCCGCAGCAUUCUGGAUGAGCUGCAACUGUCUGACUGUGUUUUUGGGAAGGCCAGUGAGGAGGCCGUUACAGUAAUCCACCCUGCUGCUGAUAAAAGCAUGAACAAGUUUCUCUAAGUCUUCACUGGAAACAAAGCAUCUAAUUCCUGCAAUGUUUUUGAGAUGAUAGUACGCUGAUUUACUGACUGCGUUGACAUGACUAUUGAAACUCAGAUCGGACUCCAGAGUCACGACUUAAUUCAGACUCGCUCCUCAAUCUGGCAACCUGUGCUUGCGUUUGUUUUGGUCCAGGAAUGCAACACCUAGUUCAACCACUGGGUGUCAAACUCACUGCACCUUUAAGAAUUGGUGGAUAUUUAGACUAGAAGCAAGUCAGAAACUCAAAGUAAGAAAGUCCAUCAGUGAAUACUUUUAAAUAAAUCUCGAGAUGCAGAAAUAAAA